GGAGCGUUCCCCCGGGAAAAGUACGGUAUGCAAGUCCGCAAUCGUCGCAAAGUGUGCAAGCAACACACCUCACGCGCAAACUCUUCGACUUUCCCCACGUCAUUUCUGUUCUCUCUUUUUCCUCUAAUUUUGCAAGUUUUCAGCAAAAUGUCGGGGUUUGAAAAUGAUAUAUCAAUUGGAGCUACAAUGACACAGAGUCAAACAUCUCAAGGAUUCAGUCUCCAAAUGUUCGGAAAGCCAACGAUUGUGCUCGCGCAUCUUUCCUUCAAGGGUGCUGCAUUAUUCUUCUACUUUUUUGCCAACUUCUUCACCAAUUCUUUCAUCGUUCAGUUUUUGGUUAUUCUUACACUACUAUCAAUGGACUUUUGGACUGUGAAAAAUAUUACCGGACGUCUAUUGGUUGGUCUUCGCUGGUGGAAUUUCGUUGAUGCUGAUGGAAAUAAUCACUGGAAGUUUGAAAGUGCCAAAGAUAUGACUCGUUUCGCAACAAUUGAUCGCCGUGUUUUUUGGCUUGGACUUGUUGUUGGGCCUGCGGCUUGGAUCUUCUUUGUUGUCACUGCGUUUUUGACUUUGAAGUUUGAAUGGAUGAUUGUUGCUCUUCUCGGAGCUCUAAUGAAUAUGGCCAACUUGUGGGGAUACCUUCGAUGCCGUUGGAAUAACACUGAACAGAUGACUAGUUAUUUCCAGAAAUGGGCAUUCCUCAAUGUCCUCCGCCGUGCUCAACAACCACCACAAGAAUAUCAAAAUCCGGUGUUCAGUGCAUAAUCAAAUCUUUUCGAUAACUAAAUCAUAAUAUUUAUGUAUUGUGCCCCCAUAUUUUUCCUAUUCUUUCCUUCCUUCUGUAUUUAUACUUGGUGUUGUGUGUGCAAUCUCCCCUCUCUUUUCAAUCGACUGUGAUGACUGAUUACCGAAUUUUGAAACCGUUCAAUUUCGAUGUGUAGAAACGAAAAGUAACAAGAGAAACCAUAAAAUGGAUAAAUUUAUUUAUUUCAAAUCUA